AUGCUGUGCGCAAUUUCGGGAGAGGCACCUCAAGUGCCAGUCGUCUCGCCUAAGAGCGGCAGCCUUUUCGAGAAGCGCCUCAUCGAGGCCUACAUCGCUGAAAAUGGAAAAGACCCUGUGAACGGAGAAGAGCUCUCGACGGAAGACCUGAUCGAUGUUAAAUCCCAGCGCGUUGUCCGACCCCGACCUCCUACGCUCACCUCGAUCCCUUCCCUGCUCAACGUGUUCCAAGAAGAAUGGGACGCUCUGGCUUUGGAAGCCUACACUCUGCGACAGACCCUGGCACAAACCCGGCAGGAACUCAGCACGGCGCUUUACCAGCAUGAUGCCGCGGUGCGAGUGGUCGCUCGGUUGACCAAGGAGAGAGACGAGGCCCGUGAUGCGCUGUCAAAGGUUACGGUCGGUGCAAGCCGCACCGCCGGUGCUGGUGAUGAAGCCAUGCAGGUUGACUCAGCUGGACUUCCCGAAGCUGUGUUGGCUCGCAUCGAUAGCACACAAGCAUCGCUCUCGAAAACCCGCCGUAAGCGCCCGGUCCCUGAGAACUGGGCCACCAGUGACACCCUUUCCGCAUACCAGCCUAUCGCGAACUCCGAGCCUCUUUCGGCUGGAGGUAAAGCUUUGUCCAUCAACGCCACAGGAGACUUGGCCCUUGUCGGAGGGGCCGACGGAGUUGUCGGUAUCUACUCGCUAUCUCAGAAACAGGUCGUGCAGAGCUUGCAAGCGAAUGGCCCGGUCACCGACGCCGUUUGGGCAGGCGACAAGGCCGUUGUGGCCUCUUCCACGGGCGCUGUGAAGGUGUUCGAGAACGGUGGCGAAGUCGCCAACUUUAGCCUGCAUGCGGGUGCGGCCACAGCCAUCGCUGUGCAUCCCACCGGCGAUAUUGUUGCCUCUGUUGGGGCCGAUAAGAGCUAUGUCUUGUAUGACUUGUCGACGAAUUCCGUGAUCACCCAGAUCUUCAGUGACGCAUCCCUGCUGUCCGUCAAGUUUCACCCCGACGGUCACCUCGUUGCUGCCGGAGGUGUGGACGGACAGAUCAAAAUUUUCGACAUCAAGACUGGCGCGCCUGCCGCCAACUACGCCAUGACCAGCCCCGUGAAGUGUCUCUUCUUCUCGGAGAACGGUACCUUCUUGGCGGCUGUGGCGGAUAAGUCUACCGCCGUGUCUAUCUGGGAUCUGCGCAGCUCCCAGGAAGUCAAGGUCCUGGAUACGGGCAACCAGAUCGACUCGCUCAGCUGGGACUACACCGGACAAUUCCUGCUUACCGGCGGGCCCAGCGGGUUGACCGUUCAGCAGUACUCCAAAUCCGCCAAGGCGUGGUCGGAGCCAUUGCGGAGCGCUGUUCCGGCCGUCGCAGUCAGUUGGGGCGCCGCGGCCCAAAGCAUUGUGGCCUUGAAUGGCGAGGGAGUGAUCACGGUGUUGGGAGGGCAGUAG